ACGGGUAACGUGUCGCGGGUACGCGUCCGUAAAAAGCGGCCCGUAAGUAAUCGUCGGUAGUUGCGCGCGCGACUUGCCGAGCGGGGCUCUCUCUCCCGCGCCCUGAGAGAAAGAGCGGCGGCCGCCAAAGGCAGGAGGAAGCCGCGUCAGGUGCGCGUCCGCUCCGCUACGUUUUCCCCGCGCGCGCGCGCGCGUGGUGGUGCGAAUCUGGUGCCGCUCUGCUCGCCGAUAGGAAGGAUGUCGAGCUCGCAGCGUAUGCGAAAGUCCUCGCCAUGCUCGAAGCAGGGCCCGAUGCGUGCCACCCUGCCCGUCAGCUCGCUGAUGAGGCAGGGCCGGCAGAGCAGCAGUCUACGCAAGAGCAACAGCAACAGUCCCACCGUCUCGCCGACGAACGCGGCCGUCUGGCGAGCGCGCAUCUCGCCGGAGACAUCGUCUUCCUCGGGACAGCGGAGUCCCGGGUCCCUGUCCUACAAAGCCAAAUCAAAAACACUGAGCGGCCGCUGUAGCGAUAGCUUAAGUGGAAGCCAAAGUAUUCGACGAACAGCAUCACUGGAUACCAUCUAUCUAAAAGGACAAUGGCCACGUGGCGACUCCUAUUAUAUGCAUUCCAGUCUUCUGGUGGACAAAUCUACUCAGACGGAAGAAUGUUCCAAUGAACCAAGAAAAAUGCAUACUCGUCAUCCUACAGAACAAACGGUCACUGAUGAAAAAUUGGAAAAGAAUUAUUUCAGGCAUCGAUUACAACGUACAAAUAAAGAAGGUACUAGCAGUAGAGAGCGGACAGCGGCAUUCGGACUAAUAAUGCCGGGUGGUCCACCACCCGCGCUUCCCGGGGAUCAUUCAGUACUUUUACCCAGUAUUGCUUCGCAGACAUCCAUACACAAUCAAUUUAGCUUGAGUAAAGCAAGUCCCAUGAAUAUCCCGGUGAAACCAAUGAGGCCUCCGAUGCGUUCGUCUAUCGAAGGGCUCAAUCAAGAAAUCGAAGGACUCGUGCUCAAAAGUACAGCCAACAAUAGCGACGCAGAUCAUCCAAUAGAAGACAAGUAUGCACGAUAUCGCGAGCAAAUCACACCUGAAGGACAUCGCGCUCCUUUAGCAGAUCUAUUGCGGGCUACUCGGAGUGUCAACACACAAACACCAGCUACUGACCUUCCUUCCAGUUCUUAUUCUUCAGGCCCUCCAUCUAGGAAUUCUGAGUCUCCGCUGAUUCCUGGUGUUAUGGAUGCGUCCCGUCCACCUAGCGAUCUCUUACAAGGUGGAAGCCGUGGUUCAACACCUGAACAAGAUAGAGAAGGACGUCUUGGUACCUCUCCUCACAUUAACAGGUUCCUGGCGAGGGAACCGCCCGAUGGCUGUGAGAAAGUCAACCUCAAAUUUGUGGAAGAUGCAAGGCGGCCCAUGAUAGAUUUGAGCAAACUAGAUUAUUGCCCAAAGCCGUGCGUUCCAGCAUUCCAGUUGAAACCCAGCUUGGGAUCAGCGUUCCUGCCAUUGCAACAGCCGGCCAGCCCGACAAUGGUCGCCUCGAGUGCAUCACCUUCCGCGCAUACGACACCGACCACACCUCCACCAAAUCCAUAGUCCCACUCUUUAUCUUGCGAUGUUAAACUUGUAAGCUCGAUUAGUAUAUAUAUAUAUAUACAUGCAUAUAUAUAUAUUUUUUUUUAACGACCUUGUGGGUAGAAAGUGAUUUACUUCGACAUAAAGGCAUAUAUAUCGACAAAGAAAAGUUACCGAACAAAAAAAAUUACCAAAAAAAAAAAAAAAAAAAAAAGAAAAAGAACAGCCUGUUCCCAGUGCGCGCCGUGCGGACAUCGUGCGGGCAUCAUGGAUUGUGUAAUUAAUAAAGUUGCGGAAUUGCAUCGAUACAAAAAAAAAA